AUGUCUGACCAAGUGGAGAGAUUAGUCAACCACGUUGAGUCGCCAUUGACACGUCUACGCAGAUUGUCUCCAAGUGUUACUCACUCGUACAACUCUUAUCCUUUUGUUCAAGAGACUGUGGAGUUCAUCUUGGGAUUCCAACUAAUCAACCAAGUAUCUACGUUCAUUGCUCAAACAGCGCUCAAGUUGUAUGACGAUGCCAUUGUUAAGUACGCGCCAGGUAUCUAUAAGGUCUAUUACUCUGUUGAUGAGUUUAUCCUGAACUCUUUGAUCAUUGGUGUUGUGGACAAGUUUUUACCAUUUUUGAAAAAAGUCCAUUUGGGCGAUUUGACUCCAGGUGCUCUGUUAGCUAGUCUGAAAGCGGCUAUCGUUUCCAAAUACAAUGAGCUGUUUGCCUCUACGAAACCCGCUGUUGUUGCCGCUGUUAAUCCGAUCCUUUCUCCUGUUAACACAACGUUUGAAAGUGCCAUCGAUACUUAUCUUCCAAAACCAGUGUCAACGGUUGAUGUUGCCACAGCGGAGGUUACAUCUCCUGAUGAAAUUGACAAGUUGAUUAAGCUAACCACAACCGCUUAUAAACGCGCUGUUCCAAUUAUUGAUUCCAAGAUUGAAAACGUUAAGAAGUACCCAGUUGAUUUACAGAUCCACGUUUCAAAGAUUUACAACUCAAACUUGGAGACUAAUGACAAGUCCAUUCCAAGGGCUGUAUUGGGUACAUCUCAUGAGCUGUACAAUGAAACCUUGAAGUCCUUGGGUAUCACUGAAGGUAAAAAUACAAAUAGUUCAACAAUUGCUGAGGUUACAUCAGCAGUUAACGAAGUUACAGCUCCGAUUGUUGAGCAAGUUUCUGAAGCCGUUGAAAGUGUAUCCACCGCUGUGGACGUCCAUGCUUGA